AUGGAAGAAGCCCUGCAGCACUAUUUGGUGGCCCUCGAGCUAAACCCUGCAGCAACUCAUCUUUGGUAUUAUAUCCGCAGCGCCCUCAUUAGCCUAAAUCGGUAUGACUGGAUUAGCCUGACUGACACCCGGAAUCUUGAGGGUUUGCGGAAAGUGGUGCCGAGAGGAGAUGCCCCCCCUGUAUCUUCCCUAAUUGCUCCCGGCGAUCCCGAAGCAGCAGCAAAUAACUCAAAGGUGCUGCAGCAGAUAUUUGAUAUGCUGAAAUGA